AUGUCGUCGCUAAUUCUCAACUCGACUCCACCAACACCAUCAGAAGAAGAUGUGAUUGCUCAAGAGCCACUUGGUUAUAUCACCUCUGAUUAUGCUCAAAUGCUCAUUUAUGGAAUUUUCGUCCUCAUCGGUCUCCCUGUUAAUAUUUCAACUUUGAUCUACAUGCUCAAACGAUACCGACAUGCGAAAUCUUUCCUCCUUCUUCUUCAUAUUAAUCUCAAUAUUUCGGAUAUUUUGGUUCUUGGCCUCUACGUGCCCGGUCUAAUCGGUUGGCUGGUGACUUUGGAAUGGCGUGGAGGCGAAUAUCUAUGCAAAUUUAUGAGAUUCGUUGACGCCUUCGUUUUUGCGAUCAGCUCCAACAUCAUGGUUUGCAUUGCUCUCUACCGCCUAUCAGCCCUUCGUUAUCCACUCUGGGUCAACGCUGUUGGCCACUCGCGAGUCCCCAGAAUGCUCGUAUUGGCAUGGUCGCUGGCAGUGGUCACUAUGCUCCCCCAGAUGUUUGUUUGGAAUGAAGUCCAAUUCAAUCACAUCACUCAAUGUGUCACAGUAUGGACUGAAAUCAUCAACAAAGAACAUGCGCUCAGCGAGAGUGAGCUUCGAAACAUGAAGUUGUAUUCGAUUCAGAAUGCAAUCAUCAUUUUCUACGUCCCCCUGAUGAUUCUGGUCGCUUGUUACGUCUUGAUUUUGAAGGACAUUUACAAGACACUCAAUACUGAUACAGAAUGCUCAUCAGCCGCCUAUCUAUCGGAAAUGAGCUCUUCGAAGACUGGCGGAAAGGCGACAGCGCAUAAAAAGGAGCAAGAGAGUUUUGUAACUCUAACCACUCGCACUGUCCGCGGACAAGAGAAAUUUCGUCGUGCCAAAGUUCGAAGCCUUCGAAUCACACUUCUUCUAAUUCUAACCUACGCAGUCACUUGGCUACCGUAUAAUCUUUUGUCCUGGUGGAUGGUUCUUCAUUUCGAUUCGUAUAAAGAGAACUUGGAUUCAAAUUAUAUUCUCAACUCGUUGGUUGUGCUCAACAGUGUCAUCAAUCCGUUCAUUUAUGGCAGAGAAGAAAAAGAAAGAAAUCGGACAAAAAAUGAAAUAGAAAAUGUGUUGGUCGAGAAGGAUAAUGAUAAUAAUAAUGAAAAAGAGAGGGACAAAUAA